UCAGUCAUCAUUACUAGUCUCAAUAGUAACGUUGUUUAAAUCUUGUUGUCUAGUUGUAUAGUCUGUGGUGCUAUCUGAAGCGCACGUCUAUUAACUCCGGUAUAUACUUGUAUAAAUACAUUAUAAAUACCUACCUACGUAAUUUAUUAUCAAGGCCAAGAUAAUUACUUGACACAUGUAAUAUGUAAGUUAGUUUACGUUCGGCAAGUAUUCAAUAAGGUUUCUAAAUUAAACAGAUGCCUUUCAUAUGAAAACAAUAUUUAGAAACCAAUUCGGAAAUUGAAAUUAUUUGUUAGGUAUUUAUUUUGUGGUUAAUUGAGGAAGUGAUAUUUGAAUAAAAAUGCAAAUACGGCAAAGAAAGUUAAAAGAUGAUACCUCAGCGCCACAUAUCAAUGUUAGAAGUAGGACCAUUAAGCACCCCAGGAGAUUGAAGAAAGUAUUUAUCUUCCUCAUCAUAUUAGCAUUAUGUAUUACAUACUUUUUGGGGUUGUUCGCGGGCCAGUCGCAGUGGCUGGACGGCCUGGCGAAGAGUUUGGGCUACGAGAGCGUGUACCAUCACGCGGUGAUCAUCGAUGCCGGCUCUUCGGGCUCCAGGGUGCUUGCUUAUAAGUUUAGAGUACCUUUUACAGUAUUCGGCCAAGCCAACUUGGACUUAGUAGAUGAAUAUUUUGAGCAAUCCAAACCUGGAUUGUCUUCGUAUGCCGAUGACCCUGAGAAGGGCGCGCACACAAUAGUGCAGCUAAUAAAAAAGGCGGAGUUCCUAACGCCGCCGGAGAAGCGCAAGGCGACGCCUCUCAUAGUGCGAGCGACCGCCGGCCUCAGGCUGCUGCCCGCUGACAAGGCGCAGAGCCUCAUAGAUGCUGUCUCUGAGGCUAUCUCCAAACUAGAGUAUGAUGUAGGCUCCGAUGGUGUGAAGAUCAUGGACGGCUCAGACGAGGGUAUCUUCAUCUGGUACACCAUCAAUCUACUGCACAAUCUAAUAGAGGGCAACACAAUGGCAGCGCUAGACUUAGGCGGCGGUUCGACACAGAUCACGUACCAACUGAGUGACGGCGACAAGCCCGCCUACCCUGCCGCCGACCAGUAUGUCGUGCCUGCUGGUGACAACAUCACCUUAUAUACGCACAGUUACUUAAACCUAGGUCUCCUAGCGGCUCGCUACGGCGUAUUCCGCAGCGAGGCGAGCGACAACACCACGCGCGAUUUCCGCUCCGUGUGUGUCGACCCUAUCAUACAGCGGGAGCCGUGGACGUACGCUAACAAGGAGUACUUUAUUAGUGGCGAGUUCCGCGCCCACGGCACGAAGCGGUCUGCCGCAUACGAGGCAUGUCACGCGGUGGUACGUCGCUACGUGCUGGCCACACUGGACUGGGAGCCGAAGCGGCCGCCGCUCGGCAGCGUGGCCGCCAUGAGCUACUUCUACGACGUGGCUGCUGAUGCUGGUAUUAUUGACGUGAUGUCAGGCGGCGAGGUGUCGGUAUCAGAGUACCGCGGCGCCGCACUCCGCGCCUGCAGCGCCGCCAACGUCGACCAGCCGUACGCAUGCAUAGACCUCGUGUACAUCGUUACGUUGUUGCAAGAUGCUUAUAAGAUUGAGGAUAAUAAGCCUAUUUCGCUAUUCAAGAAAGUGCACGGUCACGAGGUAUCGUGGGCGCUGGGGCUCGCAUACACAACCGUCAUGAACAAGAUAGCCAUCACCGUCUAGUGACGUCACCACCGUUACGUCAUCGACCAGUUAAGGCGAGUAACUCAACUAUGUUCUUUUUAACCUUCACGUGAUAUUAGAUUAUGUUACAGUGAUAUAAUUUAAAUUCGCAUUUUAUACCUUUGUCAUAUUAUUUUUUUUUUGUAUUUUUUAUACAAUAUCUCCGUGGUCAUGUGAGGGUUAAGUAAUUUUGAAUUCAAUGUAAGGACUGGGUUGGUAAACAUGUUUAAAUUUUGUAAAAAAAAUAUUCGUCUUGUCUCCCACUGAUAUGCUAAUGGCUGUUUAAAAACUUCUUUGCUCGCUGGACCUUACUGUCCGGCUUUGUGAAAACUUACAUUAUUAAUGUUUUUUAAAAUGAACAACUCUUGCAUUAUUAAAAUCCUCGAAAUUUUUUAUUAUUACAAAAACCUCGACCCAGUAUCUUCAAGCCUUAACUAUAAAGUGAUUUGACCUGAAACUAUUACCUCUUCGGUACUAUGUGAUAUAAAUAAUAUGUAUUUAUUAAGUAUUUUAUUUGUUCUAUUCCACUUGUACAUAAUAUUCGCUGAAAGCUGAUAUAAAUAUGUAUUUUCAAUAAGCAAUAGUCCGCUUUGUAUUGGACGAUGCAAUAUUUUUGCCAAUUAGAAAAUGUUCGAAUUUAAUGUCUUAUGACUGAACCGUGUUAUGCAUUGAAACAACAGUAAUUUCUUUAAAAUAACUUUUACAUACCAAUCUUCUGAUUUUCUUAUAUUUUUUGCCUUACUUAAAAUUAUAACCGUCGUGCCAUAAAAACUUUUAAACGUCAGUUUAACACUUGUCUAAAAAAAUAUGUCGUUGAAAUAAGGUCCACUUUUGCAGCCACACUUUUUUUAGACAAGGGUUUGACAGAUGUUUAAGUUUUUGUAGUAAGACCAUAAUAGUCUUGAAAUCACUCAGCAUAGUUUUCCUAUGUCUUGUGGCCUUUUUACCUUUAACUAAUUGGUAUUUUGAAAUAUUAUUUUACUUUUGACGUCAAAAAAUGUGGUUUCAUUGCCUAAUGCGUUUAGAAUCGAUUCAAAGAUAUGUAUGACAGCUCUUUAUACAUAUACUUGAAGAUUUUCUACUUAUCUAGCGUCUAGCUAUAUUAUAUAAAAACGUUUUAGAUCCAAUAAUAAUUGAAAAAUAAUUACAACUUACACAAAGAAAAAGUAUGAACAUAAUUUCAAGUUUUUAAUGUUUUGCUAGCAUGUUUUGUUAUAAUUUUUUCCAUAUACGGCUGAAUUAAGAGACUUUUUUUUAUUCUCAUAUCCGGACGAAAAAUCUCACGUAAGACACCAAUCCCCUAUUACUUUAUUUCGCGUUUAUACUUAAUAAUUCUUUGUGUAAGUUCCCAUGGAUAUUAUUAUCUGCUAGACAAGCUGUUUGCACACAUUUAUUAAAUUAUAUUAUCACAAUAAUUUAUAAUUAUGCACAAAAUAAUAAUUACGUAUAUCAAUAUUGCUCAUUUAUUUAUCUCUAUUAGAAGUUAUUGAAUUUUCUUUAAUGUGGGAUACAGGAAUAAUAGUAAUAAUUUAUAUUAUUUCAUAAAUAGCUUGUUACUAUUAUUCAUAAAAGUCGUGUAAAUAAAUAUCCAAAUCUCAUUUAGGUUUUGGUAUUUGUUAAUUAGCUUUUAAUUAUAAAAGCUAUGGGUAUAUUCUGUUCAAGGCCUGAUUUUUCAAUCAUCAGUGAACUUCUAUGUUAGGACUGAAUACAUAUUUUGUAUAUGUUAUGGACCAAGUGAUAAAUUGGGCAGUAUACAUAAUGCCCGGUCAUUAUGAAUAAUGCCCAAUAUGAGAGUGCAAUUUGAUAAUAAUUAUUCAAACAAUCAAAUUGACCGGGCACUAUACAUAUUGCCCGUGACCUUUUGGGCAAAGUAAUACAAACAUCUUUAAUUUCAUUUUUUUUAUUGUUAUUGACAUUUAACUUAAAAUAAACUAAAUAUAACACAUCCCAUAUCAAUUGACAGAGCAGAGAAGUAAGCAUGCAACAUGCAGCAAGCAUAGCUUCUGUCACGGCUCCGGCGCUGCGGGGCUCCGGCGGUCCCAUGCGAGCUUAUCGUCGCAGAUGGUUUUCACGCUCACCACCGCAGCUUCGGCUUGCUGGCCGGCACGAGCCGGCCAGCCUCAGCCGCGUCGGCGAGCGUUAAAACUACCUGCGCCUCAGCUCGCAGGCCGCCUCGCCCCUCCGCGCCUACGCGGUUUUGAAUUGCACUCUAGGGGUAGGGCAGACAAGACUACGUGGAGUCGGUUUUGCAGCGAUUCGCUUUCGUCACUAAGUUCAGUUUUUAAUACAAUGUUUUGAAUCCAAAUUAAAUUCUACCAUAAAAAAACGAGCCAAGAAAAAUGAGAUCAAGAAAAACGAGGCCGAGUUAGUAAAUUAGAUGACAAUUGUCCAAUUAAUAAUUUUGUGGCUAGACUUAUAAUUUCCCAUUAAAAUAGAACAUAUAAUUUAAAACAAUAAUCAUUGUAGCAAGUAACAGGAUUUAUUUAUUAGAACAACUGCCACCCUCGCACCGCAUAAAAUAUAGCUUUAUUAUCAAAUUGCCCAACUAUCAUGUAGCAAUAUAAUAAUGCCCGUGCAAUGUGAUAAAUAAUGAAGUUAAGAUAGUUAUUAAUCACUUGGCCCGAUAAAGCUAGACAUUAUUCAUAAUGCUCGGGCAUUAUAAAUAAUGCCCGAAUUAAUCACAUGGUCCAUAACAUAUACAAAAGUUGUCAAAACGUCAAAAAUCAUCUUCGGAUAAAGUUAUCAGGUGAUUGAAAAGUCGGCCUUAUAGGUGCGUUUUGAAUUCUAGCUGUCGACUGCUACUGGUAAAUAUUUGACGGCGACUGCACUUACAGCUGUCGCUUCGAUCCAAACGGUUUCAUGUCAAUACAUACAAACCAGUAGUGCAGUCAUGGCAUGUGCGGUCGGCAGUUGGCAUUUAAAAAGUACCUUAAUUUAGAAGAAAGCAUUUUGUAAAACGUUACUUUCGUUCUCUUUUGAGACGAUGCACUUAUAUUAAUGUACAUGAGAUAUUUGAAUUUAAAGACACUAUUGUGACGUGCGAACGAUAUUGGUUUAGGAAUAGUAUUUUAACAUUAAUGAUAAUAGUUCAAUUUUUAUGUUAUCUGUGAACAGAGAGAAUUUAUGUUCGUGUAGAUUUAAUUUACAGUUCAGUUCAAUGAAGGCAUUAUUAUUUUAUGUUCCAACAAUAUUAUUGUGAAUGAAGGUUGUAUGCGUUUAAGUUAUUUAAUGACUUAUUAUGUAAAUGUAAGGUUUUUUACGAUAAGCACUUUCAAAUAUAAAAGUAUAUUCAAAUGCUAUUUUUAUGAAGACUUUGUUUUCCAUUUUCUAAGCAAUAUAUGAAAGAUUUUGUAGCUUUCUGUGCACUGUAUAGGUAGCGAUACCUAGCCGACGUGUCUAAUUGGUGUUAUGUGUAAAUUGUACAAAUUUAAUAAAUGUUGGAUCUUAA